CUAAUUUCCUCAACCGCGUGUGAGGAGGCUCGCUACAUAACUUUGCUCCGUCUCGAUGUUUCUGAGUAGUCUUAGUCCUGUGGGACGAACCAUUGUGAUAAUAGUUAAACAGGUUCGAAGCGCUAAAUUACCAAAAAAAAAAAAAUAGUUUGAGCAUAAUAACCUCUCUCUCGGGUUUACUACGACUUCUCAUUGGUCGCCUACACGCGCCUGCCCCGCGUGCUCUUAUUGGUCAAAGCGCCACGCGACCAGCUUGAGAAGGGGGGCUCCCCGGCGCGUGCCACUUUUAAAACCGACCUGUCGCCCUGAGACGUCAGUAAAGAAAUCCCCUUCACAACAGGUGUAAGAAGAUAAAUCCUCCACGGCAAAAAAUCCCGUUCCCAUAUCCAUAGCCCCCCUUUCCUCCAAAAAGCACAAAACAACAAAAUGGAUGGAAUGAACGUGGACGGCGUAAGCACGGAUUCAAGGGAUGUGGUUGAACUCGACGUCCAGCAUCCGAGCUUGGGGCGGGGGGAGCAGCGCGAGUACCCACCAGCUUUGGCACUCAUGGCCAGCAGUGACCCACGCGCCUGGCUGGCUCCCGUGCAGGCUGGCACCUGCGCGGCACACGCCGAAUACCUGCUGCACUCGCCCGGCUCGAGCGCAGAAGGCGUGUCCUCUCCCUCCAACUUCAGGAAGAGCAGCAAGAAUCCUGUCAAAGUACGCGAGCUCUGCCGGCUUAAAGGAGCUGUGGGUGCCGAUGAGGGCAGACAGCGUGCCCCAUCCGGCAAAGCGACCAACGGCGUGCAGAAACAGAGGCGAAUGGCUGCCAAUGCCCGGGAAAGGCGAAGGAUGCACGGAUUGAACCACGCGUUCGACGAGCUGCGCAGUGUCAUCCCAGCCUUAGACAAUGACAAGAAGCUCUCCAAAUACGAAACCCUACAGAUGGCCCAGAUCUACAUCAAUGCUCUCUCCGACUUGCUUCAGGGUCCCGGUGCUAAAGCCGACCCGCCAAACUGCGACUUGCUGCCUGCCAACGGGUUCGAGGAGGACCACUCUCCCAGAGGAUCGGCGAGCGUCUGCCGUAGAAGCACGGGCGCAGGUUUCCCGUACCAGUACGAGGACGGAACAUUCUCCUCUUUCAUUGAGCAAGACCUCCAGUCACCCUCUGGAACGAGCAAGUCAGGUUCGGAGGCCAGUAAGGACUCGCCUCGGUCGAACCGGAGCGACGGAGAGUUUUCCCCUCACUCGCACUUCAGUGACUCGGACGAAACGCACUUGGAGAUGCAGAGCGAAGACGAGCUCUCGGAACUGAAACUGCCCAAGCACCGCGCUUUUUAGAAAACGCACCACCUGACUGUCCAUCAAUCGUGUCAAUCGCAUAUUUGGGCUUUGUGAUGGGUUUCUUUAUUUAUCCAUUUGUUAUUAUGAUCUUCUGACAAUGAUGUUGUUGUGUCUGACGCCAAUAGAUUUAGUUGCCUUCUCGUGACAUUGACCAGACCCCUACGCCAUGUGAACUGCCGCGUGCAGCAGUGCCAUGGGCUCGAAUGUCAUGCAUAAAACUGUCUUCCGUAAACUGUUUUGACACUGUUUAUUCAGACAUGAUUGUCAUGGGCCUAUUUUCAUAUACGAUUGAUUUUGAACCCUGUAAGAAUUUGCAACUUCUAAAGUUUACGUGCACUUUAAAAACGGGCCAUAGGCUUGAGAAACAUUCUUUUGUCAUGGAACAAGAAAUUUUGUGUUUAUGUAGAAGUAAUGCCAAUUUGAUGAAUAUAUUUAAUAUAGCCAUUAGAUUUUGUACAUCCGUUCAUUUUUAAUAUUUGAUUUCGAUGCAAAGAAGUUGUGUUCCGCUUCUGUAGCUGAAGUAAGCUAUUUAUUUCUGUUUGCCUUUAUUUUUGCGUUAUUGAAAAUGAGCAGUUUUUGCUACUCGUAUGUUUUGUUUUAUUGUAGAAAUAAAAAGGGAGAAAGAACAUGAUCAUGUCUCGUCUCUUUGAUUGUCGUUAUCAGUUUUUUAUUAUGAUUGUAUCUCAUAACUUUGCUACAAUAUAGAUGAUCUUUUUUAAAUAAAGAAAAUCGUAAUAUGUUAUUAUUACAACAAAUGGGCACCAGCUUUAUCUAAUGUUAUUAAUUUUAAUUAGGUUUAGCCCUUAACGGCCACUGAGGUGUGGGACACUUGGUUGGAAGUGAUGUGAUGUGAUCGAUCAAUUAAUAAUUAUAAUUUUACU